AUGUUCCUAUUCAAUAAUUUGAAAAGAAUGAAAAGUGAGACUAAAUUAUUCUAUAUGAUUAUUAAUCAAGAUCAUAUUUUGAAACACCUUUUUACUUACUUAUCUCUAGAAGAUAUUUGUAACUUUAGUUAUACUUCUAAGUUUAUAUAUAGAAAGAUUCAAUUAAUCAAAUAUUUAAAAUAUGUUAAUUAUGCAAAUCCAUAUAAUAAUAGCUGUGCAAUUGAUUGUCAUGGAAAAAUUACACCAUCUCAAGUCGAGAUGUUUAGAAAACUAUCUAAUGAUUCAUUUGUUUUAAAAAAAUUUAGAAUUGCUCCAAUAAAAAUUGAAAGUGUUUCAGGAGAUUUUAUGGCUCGUAGAAUGACUGAAAUAGGAAAGGAAGUUAAUGAUUUUUUACAAACUAAUUUAUGGAUUCAAAGAUUACGUUUUGAUUUUACUUUUUUUAUAUCUAGUCAUGCACAUUUUAUAUACUUCUUUUCUGAAAUAACAAAUGAUAGUGUGAAGGUACUGGAGAUUGAACUUGGUCAUAGAAUAAAUCCUUUUUUUUCAAAUUGUAGAAUUCCUAUUGAAUUUGAGAACACUUUGCUUAAUGGUUUUAAAAAUCUUGAACAAAUAGUAGUUAUUUUGGAUGGUAUUAAUUCAAAUAAUUUAUUAAAAAUUUUUAUUAAUGCUAUUAAAAAUAAAAAUAUUGCAAUUGAAACAAGAUUAACAGGAAUAAGUUAUGAUGAAGUUUUUGUCUUAAACUUAUCAAAUUUGGAACGUAAAAAUAUACUAGGAUAUAUUUUGGAGAAUCAAAUUCCACUACAUAUAACCAAAAUACCUAUGAUGCGUUUUAGAUUAAAUGCUAAUUUUAAUGAAUUGGAUCGUUCAACUUUAUCUUACAUUCAUACAUUAUGGCAUGAUGUAAAAUCAGAGUAUCAAUUACUUAAUCUUUGCCAUUUUCUACAAGAUAUGAUUAAUCUUAAAAAUUUACAAAUUUAUUUUAGAUCUAAAUUUUUUGAAAUUUCCAGAAGAAGAAUCAUUAAUGAAAAUAUAAUAUUAAAUAAUGCCAGAAAUUUGAAAAAUCUUAGAUCUCUAAAAACUUUAUUAUUUUCAUUUUUCGACCAAAGUAACGAUGAAAAUUAUAGAAAUUUUCUUCAAAAUGAAAUAUUAGAAUUUUUAAAAUUAUGUCCUAAUUCAGUUAAAAAUUUAGUUUUAUCAGGAAUAACUUUGAUGGAUGAUAAAAAAGCUAUUUUGCUUAGUGAACUAUUUCCUAAAUUAACAUUUUUAUUUUUAGGAAAAAUUGAUAAAACUAGCAAAGAUUGUUUAAAAUAUUUUAAAAAUCUUAAAUGUUUUGUGACAUAUUAUACUGAUAUUCUUGAAUUACCAGAAACAGUAUCAAUAUGUAUGGUUGUUGAUUCCUUUUACUUCCAUGAAGAAGAUAAUAGAUAUUAUAGUAAAUCUUUUAGAUAUUAUAGUAAAACUGAACGUUUCUCUAAACAAUACAUUUGUACUGAUAAUAUUAAAGGAACAAUAUUUUUCAAUAACUUUCAAGAUUGUUAUAAUAUUCAACAUUAUUUUAAAGAAAUUUUUUCUGCAUCUUCUUUUUAA